CUCUUCCCUCCUGUAACUCUCCUAACGGUCUAGUCCCUUUGCUCCACUCCUGACCCUUCGUAUCCCAUUUCUUUGCCAGCAGGAUGGAAAUGCAGGACCCAAAGAUGAACGGAGCUGCCUCUCAGGGUGCUCCGGGCUACAGGCAGGAACGCGAGGGCUUCCUGCCCACCCAUACCCCUGCUCCUGUGAGGAAGCCUGUCCAGUUCAUGGAUUUUGAAGGGAAGGCAUCAUUCGGAAUGUCGGUGUUCAACCUCAGCAACGCCAUCAUGGGGAGUGGAAUCCUGGGGUUGGCUUAUGCCAUGGCCCACACUGGAGUCAUCUUCUUUCUGGCCCUGCUGCUCUGUAUUGCCCUCUUGUCUUCUUACUCGAUCCACCUCCUGCUGACCUGUGCGAGUGUUGUAGGCAUCCGAGCCUAUGAACAGCUGGGACAGAGAGCUUUUGGACCUGCUGGGAAAAUAGUGGUGGCCAUCAUCAUCUGUCUGCACAACGUUGGCGCUAUGUCCAGUUACCUGUUCAUCAUCAAAUCUGAACUGCCCCUGGUUAUUGGCACCUUCCUGGACAUGGACCCUGAGGGGGACUGGUACUUGAAGGGAAACCUCCUCAUCAUCUUGGUCAGCUUGUUAAUCAUUUUGCCCCUGGCUCUCAUGAAGCACCUGGGCUACCUGGGGUAUACAAGCAGCCUCUCUCUCACCUGCAUGUUGUUUUUCCUCGUUUCGAUCAUUUAUAAGAAGUUCCAGAUUGGCUGUGAAGUGAGCCAUAAUGACACAGUAGUGGAGGGCGAACAACUUCCCACCCAGGCCUUUAACAUCAGCUGUGAGGCCAAACUGUUCACAGUUGACUCGCAGAUGUCUUACACUGUGCCUAUUAUGGCUUUCGCCUUUGUCUGCCACCCUGAGGUGCUACCCAUCUACACAGAGCUGUGUCGGCCCUCCCAGCGCAGGAUGCAAGCUGUGGCCAACCUGUCCAUCGGGGCUAUGUUCGUCAUGUAUGGACUCACAGCCACAUUUGGAUACCUCACCUUCUACAGCACUGUGAAGGCGGAGAUGCUGGAAAUGUACACCCAGGAGGACCUGCUCAUUCUUUGUGUGCGCCUGGCCGUACUGCUUGCAGUAACCCUCACUGUGCCGGUUGUGCUUUUCCCUAUCCGCCGUGCCCUUCAGCAGCUGCUCUUUCCAAGCAAGGCCUUCAGUUGGCCACGACAUGUGGCCAUAGCUCUGAUCCUGCUGAUUUUGGUCAAUGUCCUGGUCAUCUGUGUGCCAACCAUCCGAGACAUCUUUGGGUUUAUUGGGUCCACCUCAGCCCCUAGCCUCAUCUUCAUCCUUCCUAGUGUCUUCUACCUACGCCUCGUACCUUCUGAGGUGGAACCCUUAUCUUCCUGGCCCAAGAUCCAGGCCCUGUGUUUUGGGAUCCUUGGAGUCCUCUUCAUGGCCAUCAGUCUGGGCUUUAUGUUUGCUAAUUGGGCCACAGGGCAGAGCCGUAUGUCGGGGCACUGACCUGGCCUGCCCUGCCUUCCCCCCAAAUCCCCAUGCUCACAUGCAUGUAUAUGAGAGAGUCCAAGUCACUUUCCUGUGUUCCGCCUGCCUGGGACAUGGGGGUGGCUGCUCUCUAUUAACAUUGCUGUCAGAGAUGGGGACAAUAGAGGUGGUAGAAUAGUCCCCUUCCCUUCCCUCUAUGGUCGCCUUACUCUUAUUGCCAACCCCAUGAGAGGAGGGGGAGGCCAGGUCCUUAGAAAGCUUCUUGCCUGACGUAGUCCCUGCUUCCUGGAUGACUCUGUUAGGGUUACCCUGAAGCUAAAGGGGAAGAAUAAAGAUGCUGAA